AUGGAGUCUUUUGGAAGUUUGUUUGAUGAAGAAUGGGAAAAUUUGAGCAGAAUGUUCUCUGGUGAUCAAGAUUCAGACCAUUUCCCCAGCCAUGGCUUGUUUUCAAGUGAACAUGAUGAUCAUGGUUUGAACUUUGAAACUCCUUCCAUUGUUUCAUCUGUUAUGGCUGAAUGUUAUAAUGAUAACUCAUCGUUCAUCGAUCAUCGUAUUGCUUCUGAAAAUAUUAACCCUAAUUUCUACCAUUAUUUCUCUCAAGAAAGUAACAUCAAUGGAUGUGCAGCUUAUGAUGGUGCAGUCUCUCUUCCCUACCCAUCUAAUUCUAACAUUACUCCUUUACCAACAAAUGGUGUUUGUGAUGAUGAGUCAGUCAGUCUUUUUGAUGAAAACAAUAACAACUCAUCAUUACUAGCCCAAGUUUUUUCUGAGGAUUCCAUGGAAGAAAUUCUAUGCUUGAAAGAAGAUGUCAUCAUGGAGAAUUCAGUUUCUCCAUCGGUAUCAAUUGCCGAUCAGCGCAAGCAUGCUCCCGUCAAACGGAAGAUUGAAACGUCAGAAUCUCCAAAGGUAGUGGUAGACAAAGUCAACAACGAAAUACCCAAUAAGAAAACUAGGGUUUCAAGAUCAGAUAAUAAAAAUAAGAAGAAAGUGCAGCCUAAGAAUAAACAGAAGGUGAUGGCUCCUGCUACUGUAAAUGGCAAUGGGAACAUUGACGGGCUAGAAGACACUAACAACAACAAAGGAGGAGGGAAUGCACCAACAGCAAGUUCAUGUUCUUGCAGUUCGGAGGACGACCUGAGUCUUUCUCAAGACCCGAAUGGAUCAGGUGGUGUUAACUCCAACUGGAAAACAAGAGCCAGUAGAGGUGCAGCAACUGAUCCACAAAGCCUCUAUGCAAGGAAAAGAAGAGAGAGGAUAAAUGAAAGACUGAAAAUCCUUCAGAACCUGGUACCAAAUGGGACGAAGGUUGACAUUAGCACAAUGCUUGAAGAAGCUGUCCAUUAUGUGAAGUUCUUGCAGCUUCAAAUUAAGUUGCUGAGCUCCGAUGAGAUGUGGAUGUAUGCUCCGAUAGCUUACAAUGGGAUGGACAUGGGUCUGUACCAGAAGCUUCAAAUUUAG